AUCUCACCCUACUUGUGCACCCACGUCUCCAAACCCCACCCCCACCCCCACUACCACUGACCCACCAGCUCACCCACAACCUCUCACACGCACACAUAAAUUUUUUCCCCUCUAUCGUGCAUAAUAACUGCCUUUCUCUCCAACUCUCACAUUACUCAAAAAAAAAGUCUACUACUCUGGGAGAAAAUGAACGAUCCGCGUCACUUUGAUUCGCGGUACCGAGGCCCUGAGGCUCUAGAAACACCAAAAUUGAUUCGCAGUAUCACGGUCGAUCGUUGUAGCAACUUUACUAGCGGUGGUGCAAAUGGGAACGACAUUAAUCUGUUGUCACAGUUAUACAAAGCGCGAACAAAUUCGGAGGAGUUCAUUUCGUUGCUAGUUUACAGUGUUCCUGAUCUUCGACGGAUCCCGUUUGACGAAGCAGUCCAGCAGGAGUUCCGACCAACGCGACUGGGUGAAUGGUUCGGCCCAUCGUGGUCUACGCAUUGGUUUCAUGUUCAACUCCGUAUUCCGAACGAAUUCGCGGGUGAAGAAGUUCAUUUCAUUUGGAAUGCUGACAACGAAGCUCUGAUAUGGAGUAUCGAUGGACUACCAUUACAAGGUCUUACAGGAGGAGCGGGCAGUGAUGCACGACACGAGUAUAUCCUUACAACAAAUGCACAAGGAGGAGAGAUAAUCCAAUUCUAUAUUGAAAUGGCAUGUAAUGGCAUGUUUGGCGCCGGGAACGGUUUAAUUGGUCCACCGGACCCAAACCGGUUCUUCAACCUAAAUGAAUUGGAUCUUGCUGUGCCAAACCGACGUGCGUGGGAUCUACUGUAUGACUUCCAAAUCAUUCUUGGUAUGGCGAGAGAUCUUCCGCCGGAUUCACUCAGGGCUGCACAAGCGUUGUACACGGCAAACAAAAUUGUAAACACUUUCCAUCCUGGGAGCGACGAGAGCAUUGAAGAAUGUCUGCGGAUUGCAAGCAAGUUUCUGAGUGCCAAGAAUGGCGAUUCUCAACAUGACAUUAUUGCGCUAGGCCAUUGUCACAUUGAUACUGGAUGGCUUUGGCCGUUUGAGGAGACAAUCCGUAAAGCUGCAAGAAGCUGGUCUUCUCAGAUAGAUCUGAUGGAUCGUUACCCAGAGUACAAGUUUAUUUGUUCCCAGGCACAGCAAUACGAAUGGGUCAAGGACAAUUAUCCCCCGCUGUGGGAUCGCAUUAAGGAAAAGAUUUCAAUGGGUCAGUUUAUGCCCACGGGUGGGACUUGGAUUGAGAUGGAUACUAAUAUGCCAAGUGGAGAAUCACUUUGCCGUCAGUUCUUACUCGGUCAACGGUUUUAUGAAGAACAUUUCGGCAAACGAUGCAAGAUAUUUUGGCUUCCAGACUCGUUUGGUUAUGCAUCACAGCUUCCACAAUUGAUGCAUCUUGCCGAUAUGAAGUACUUUUUCACUCAGAAGCUUUCGUGGAACAAUGUUAACAAAUUCCCAUUUACUACGUUUUGGUGGGUCGGUUUGGAUGGCACCAAGGCACUUACACAUAUGGCGCCGUCGGAAACCUAUAAUGCCCAAUGUACUCCCGAGGAACUUAUUCGAACAGUCCGCAACCAUCGCGACAAAGAAUAUUCUAAUACCAGUCUGUUGGUUUAUGGCAAUGGAGACGGAGGAGGAGGACCACUGGCAAGCAUGAUUGAGCGGCUGAGAAGAAUGAAGAAUGUCGACGGAUUACCCAAAGUCGAAAUGGGGGCUCCAAGCGACUUUUAUGAAAAACUUGAAAGAGAAACACCGGUAUUGGCAACUUGGACUGGUGAAAUGUAUUUUGAGCUGCAUCGAGGUAUCUUCACCACCCAUGCGCUUUGCAAGAAGUUUAAUCGUAGCUGCGAGCUGUUACUGCGUGAUGUUGAAAUCCUGGCUACUAUGGCACAUAUAGUCGAUACUGAAAACUUUGAAUACCCAAAGGCAGAACUUGAUCAAUUUUGGAAGAUGAUUGGAUUGAUCCAAUUCCAUGAUGUUAUGUCUGGUUCUGCGAUCGAGAUGGUCUAUGAUGAUUGUCUACAGAUGUACGCUAAAGUUGAUAUGCUUGCCAAACAAACACGUGGAGUUCUCAUUGAAAAGCUUCUUGAUUUGGAUGGCACAUCAAUUCCUGAAGGAAAACAAGCACUUGCCGUGUUGAAUACAUUGGCAUGGCCUCGACGCGAAGUAAUAGAAGUCCCACUAGAUGAACGGUUACCCACCAUGAGACAGUACUCGGCAUUUGGUCGAACAGGUUAUGCUCUAGUGGAAAAUGUACCGCCUCUUGGCGUGAAGGGCUUUAAUUUUGUUGAAGAACCCGACUAUGAACCUGUCAAAGUCUCGACCGAUAGAAACAACAAUAUCGUGAUGGAGAACAUAUACAUUCGCGCCACCUUUGAUAAGUCAGGUCAUCUUAUUGGUUUAACUGAUAAAAAGUUAGAUCGACCACUGAUAAGACCAGAUGAGCGCGGUAAUGUGUUCAGGAUGUACGAAGAUAUACCUUUAUUCUGGGAUGCAUGGGAUGUGGAAAUAUAUCACUUGGAGAAGAGUAGAGUUGUUGAGGAAGGUUCAGUGCAGCUGUUGGAGCAGGGUCCUUUACGAGCUGCACUUUUGGUUGAGAAGCGAAUCUCGGAUACUAGCCGUUUACGGCAAAUUGUGGUAAUGACAGCAAUAUCGCGUCGUAUCGAUUUCGAAACAGAAGUGGAUUGGAACGAAAAUAGACAGUUCCUGAAAGUUGAAUUUGCAUGGGACAUUAUGGCGGACAAGGUUACCUAUGAAACACAGUAUGGCACGGUCCAAAGACCUACCCAUUAUAAUACAUCAUGGGAUAGUGCAAAAUUUGAAGUGGCUGGCCACAAGUUUGCAGAUAUCUCGGAAUACGGAUAUGGUGUAGCAUUACUUAAUGACUGCAAGUACGGCUAUGCCGCUCAUAAAAAUGUUGUUCGACUUUCUCUUAUCCGAUCACCCAAGGCACCGGACUCCAACUGCGAUAUAGGGCAUCACGUUUUCAAAUAUGCUAUAUACCCUCACGAGGGACACUUUAUGCAAUCAGACGUUGUGCGCGAAGGCUAUAAUUUCAACGUACCUCUUUUAACCAAAGUAAUUCCCCAGACGAAGACGAACUCUGUAUCUAAUGCACUUCCCAAAUUCCGCCUUGAAGAAGCACCCAACGUAGUAAUGGAUGUGCUGAAAAGAGCAGAAGAUAGCAACGACAUCAUAAUUCGACUAUAUGAAGCAUAUGGUGGCCAUGCCCGGGCUCGUUUGAUGUGCUCUUUGCCAAUGAAGUCUGUCUCUCGGUGCAACAUCUUGGAGGAUGAAAUGGAAUCAAUACAAAUCACAACGCAACCAGGUUCAGCAGUAGACAGAACGUUCAGCACCAACUUGCGUGUUUUGGAUGAUGAUAUUGUUGAACUGCACCAGCAAAAUGAAGUGCGUCGACAAGCAGAAGGAAUUCUGUUGAACGUCGGGCCUUUCCAGGUUGUCACCUUGAAGAUUACCUUGUAAUAAAAAAUAACCGAGUAUAAUAUAAUAUUGCCUGAAAGCUUAAUAAAAAACCAAACCUGAGUUUGCAA